CUUUCUCCUUUUACCCUAACAAUGAACCCCAGGAGAUUCUGUUACAAUGGUUAUAAAUUAUGACUUUGUGAUAUCAACACACACUGCUGCUGUGAGUGUGAGACGAGUAGAAAGAAUAAGCAAAAGUUACAGCCACUCUCUCAGUCUCCACUGACUUCGCUCUAGAGCCCCUCAAAGUGUUGAAAUCCUUGAAAAUCUAACUUUCACUUCUUAUCUUCUCUUUUCUCACUAAUGCGCUUAGCCUGAACACAAAUGCACCAUUCUUGCACCUGAUAUUGCAGGAGUAGGAGUAGCACAUUCUUGAAUGGAAAUGGUGUGCAGCAGCGGCAUUGUGUUUCUGUUGCUUGUGGGCUCAUUUUCUCAUCUGGGCUGGGCAAUGCUCAACCUCACUCUCCCACUCCCCGGUCAGCACCCUAGCCCUGAAGCUGUUGCUCAUGAAGUUCACAGAAAAGUGAAUGCAUCAAUUUCAAGAAGAGAAAUGCUAUCUUACACCACCAACGACCAGUCCAACUGCCUCACUGGCAAUCCAAUCGACGACUGCUGGCGGUGCGACCCCAACUGGCACCUGAACCGCCAGCGGUUAGCCGACUGCGCCAUUGGAUUCGGCCAAUACGCCCUUGGUGGCAAGGGUGGCCGCUACUACGUCGUAACAGACUCCUCGGACCAUGACCCCGUCAACCCUAAACCCGGCACGCUCCGCUAUGCAGUCAUCCAAACCGAGCCUCUGUGGAUCGUGUUUGCCUCCAACAUGCUCAUUCAGCUCUCCGAGGAGCUAAUUUUCAACUCCUAUAAGACCCUUGAUGGCCGAGGCGCCAACGUGCACAUCAUCGGGGGCGGCUGCGUAACCUUACAAUACAUAACCAAUGUCAUAAUCCACAACAUCCACAUACACCAUUGCUACCAAGCUGGGGAGACUAAUAUACGGUCGAGCCCCACGCACUACGGUUGGCGCACGAAAUCAGAUGGAGAUGGGAUCUCAAUCUUUGGAGCUAGGGACAUUUGGAUUGAUCAUUGUUCGUUGUCGCAUUGUAAGGACGGAUUGAUCGAUGUUGUGAUGGGCUCAACAGGGAUCACAAUUUCAAACAACCUUUUUUCGCAUCACAACGAGGUGAUGCUGUUGGGCCACAGCGACGACUACUUGCCAGACUCGGGGAUGCAAGUGACUAUAGCUUUUAACCAUUUUGGCAAGAAACUUAUACAAAGAAUGCCAAGGUGUAGAAGAGGGUACAUACAUGUGGUUAAUAACGACUUCACGAGGUGGGAAAUGUACGCGAUUGGAGGUAGUGGGAAUCCGACCAUUAACAGCCAGGGAAAUCGUUACAUCGCCCCAUAUGAUCGCAAUGCUAAGGAGGUAACAAAAAGAGUGGACACGUCGGAGGAUGAAUGGAGGGGCUGGAACUGGAGGAGUGAGGGGGAUAUAAUGGUAAAUGGAGCGUUCUUCGUGGCAUCUGGACAGGGAGUUGAAGUGAAAUACGAGAAGGCCUACAGCGUGGAGCCGAAAUCUGCAGCCUACAUUGACCAAAUCACCCUCAACGCUGGUGUUCUUGGCAACAGGGGCAACAAUUUGGGGAAGUGGACAGCCGGAAACAAUGAUUCUGGAGCUUAUUUGGAUGCAAAUUCAGGCAUAUUCGAGGACUACGAUGAAUAUUCAGGGAGCCAGAGGCCUUACACUGAUAGUUCCACUCUCACAACUUUUGUAACACUCCUGUUAAUCGUUUUGUUUCUAAGUAUGAAAUGAAGGGAGGAAGUCAGAAAAUGUGGUUUGCUUCCUGGAAUUUACUUCCCAGUUUACAUCAGGAACUUUGAUGUCAUUGGAUUUUCAUUAAUCUCAGGAAAUUUUCUCAGUCCUA